CACACCUUUCGCCGUCCUUGGUCUCAUUAACUUGGAUUUGACUUGAAUUUGCAAUGACGCCCCAACCAGCCACAUCGUCCUGGGAUGACAAAAACUUUGAAGCCCUGGAUGCGUAUUUCCGUGUCUUUGGUGACCCCAAUGUGAAAGCGUCGGAGAACCAGCAUCUCUCUGCGUGGAUUCAACAACAGAGAGAUGCCUUUCAACGUGGAGUUCUGCCGCAGGAGAUGGCGGAAAAGCUCCAAUCUAUUGGACUGAACCUUCAAACAGAGCCAAAAGAUGAUGCGAUGGCUGCUGUGGUUAGUACGGAUGAAGAAGAGAACCCAAAGGACGCAAGCUUGACGGAAACAACAACAAUGACGAGUCCAUUCUUGAGAGCCGUUGCCGCUGCGAGAGCUGUUGCCGAGGGCACAGCACUGCCGAGCGAAGAACUCACCGUGAAACCACCAAAGAAACUGAAGUCAUAUCACCAACGUCCCAAUGGAACCAAACAAAGCAAACAAAGCAAACAUCACUAUUCUCUUCCUAAAGAAGAGGCGACGAAAGAGUCUUCCAAGAAGCGAUCCAUUCAAUCAUUAGACGACAAUGACCCGGCUGCAUCAAGUGACGAUGACCAGCCGAAGAAAUCACGCGACAGGUUGACGCCGAGGAAGAAGAAGAAGAAAAAGACUGCGGAAACUUCCACGGAGGUUGGAGUUGACGUCAUUGACAGCAGCAACAAAAAGGGGGGAACGGCUAGACGAUCUCCAAGAAAGAGGAACAAAGAAAGCAGCAACCCACCAGCCGCUGCUCCAAAGGAUGCUACCAAGAAAGAAAAAUCCCCAAUCCUUGCUAAAGGAUCUCUAGUUUUGAUGCCCGGUGCUGAUGGUUUGUUUGAUACAGAAGCAACCGUCAUUGCUGCGACCAGGCUUGGAACAAAAGUGGAACACGUGGAAUCCCAACGGCAAGAACUGCUCACAGACGCCGAAGCAGUUGUAUGCAAACUCGCACAUGCUAUCAAGCAUCAAUGGUUGGGAAACUUGCCAAAACCGAUUCCUGGAACAGAAAUCCGCAAACUCGAUGAUUACGGGGAAAGGGGCCAGGAACCGAAAGAAGGCAUUGUGGUGGAUGUUCGGAAGGCGGAAACACGUUGUGUCUUUACAAAUGGUGACGAGGAAUGGAUAUCGCACAAUGACGUGACCAUUUGCGCUGUAGCUCAAUUCAUGUUCCAUGCCACAGAUUACUGUUUGGAACUGGUCAAGUCUCUAGGAGAGGAGGGGAACCCAAUCAAAGACACCAGCGACAUACUGGCCCUGAUACAACAUACGCGGCCAAGAGAGACGAAAGGAGUCGGUACACAGAUCCGGCGACACUUUGCUCUGACCGACCCCUCUGGUCGAACCGUCGUAGGCUCAGGUUGGUACAACGGGAAAGUAGUUGAGGUGUCACGUUACUCUGUGAAGGCUCGUUUCGAACCCAGCAACUUUUAUCCCAUGGGGUAUGAGACGGUGCUUGGACAUGAGGAAGUUUACGCCUGUGCCAUGGCAUAUGAAAUGCACAAAAAGCCUCGAGGGACCUGGCCUGUGCCCAGCGUUGGGACACGGAUUCGAGUGAAAUGCUCAUCAGGAUGGUACAAUGGCUGCAUCAAAGAGAAGAAGGCGAAGGCCAAAUCCGGAACGUCCGUGUUCAAGGUUGAGUUUGACGACAAAACGAUCAAACGGAAAAUGUCAGAGGAAGAAGUGAUCGUCUACGCAAACGUCUACAAGAACUACCGUCACAGCAUUCUGGGGGACGACGCCUCUCAAGAUGACGAAAACGACGGAGCAUUCAAUAAAGACGCUCCAUCGGAACACGCACCGAGCACCUCCAAGUCGGCCACGUUGCACAACUCCGCAACGAACAAAGGUUCGUCUUUCGACGACGAGAAGGCCAUGAUCAACCAAGUCAUCAAGAUGGUCAAGCCAGCAGUUGGAUUAAAGAUCCGAAAGCUCUUCGAGGAAGAGAACGGACAGCAUCGCUGGUAUGAAGGAGAGAUAAUUGAAGAGGUUGAUACUCGGAACUCGCGAGCCAGAAUCCGUUUCACCGAUAACCAAGAACAAACACUGACCUUCGGUGAAGUAAGAGUUGGCCACAUUGCUUAUCAAUACAAUCUUUCAGGCCUCCCUGCCCCACGUGCGAAGCGAGGAACCAAAAUCAGCAAACGUUUCGAUCAAGGCUGGUGGGAUGGAACCGUAGUGGCGGUUGGUACCAUGGGGCCAUCCUACGUUCUAUUUGACGCGGACGACAGUGAGUGCUACAUGUCGGAUGAAGAAAUUCGAGUAAUGGCGGUUGCCUACGAGAUUCGUAGAAGGAUCAAGUGAGGGUGACUCAGGAGGCACGACAAGGUUGGAAGAGGGGAAAGCAAGAAGGAGUUGGACAUAUUCGUUGAGCGACAGAAAAAAGAUCGGAAGAAUGACAACGAACGAAGAGGUGGAGCUGUUUCGUGUGGGUUGAAGAGAGAAAGAUCGGAAGAAUGGCAGCAAGAAGAAGGAGGUGGACAGAUAACUAGGGAGGUGCAGAUCCUUCAUGCAGAAUGAUCAAUCGUAAAUGGGUUCCAGGAAAGUCGCCGACUACAGAAAAUCUAUCAAUAUUCAUUUAGAGUUACAUGGUUUUGAGCCUUUUACCCACCACCGUUUACGAUCCUCCUGAGAUCAUAUAUGUGUAGUGGUUUCAUUGCCACUUUCGUUGCCUUCGCCCUCGUCAUCAGAUCCAGACGUGGAGCUCCCUGCUUGGCUGUCGUUGCUUUGCACGGGAGACCAACCGACCCUCAUCAUCCUUCUGGCUCGCUCUUUGCACCAUGAAAGAGACGCACCAACUCUGCUGGACCUCUUUGGGGAUGAUUUCUCAUCAAGAUCCAUGAUGAACUGCAAAACAUCAAACUUACAGAGCGGGCAGCUUGCGUGUCGCUCUGUCAUCCAAGGUACGAUGCAGUUCGAAUGAAAUUUGUGCCCACAAGGUAGACAAAGCAGAUUGGCGGCUUCUUCGCCGUCAGCAGGACUCGGCAUCAAGUCAUCCAAGCACACGGCACAGGUAUGUUCUUCUUCCGGAUCCAGAGGAGGCGCAGGAACGACCGUCACAGCGUCCUCCUCCGAAUUGACGAUUGUUGUGUUUAUCCCCUCAUCCUGCAAACUAGCAGAGCCGGAUUCUGCGGAGAGUUGCGUUUCUACUUCAUGUUUGGAAGUAGUGGAUGCAGCAACUUUGUCGUGUAAGUCCCCGCCCACCUGCAAUCUCUCUACCUCCUCUCUCGAGAGCAGGCGUCUCGAACGCCGAAUGGCUUCUUGCGUCAAGAUGAUUUGACCCGAUCCGUUCACCGGGAUGACCCCUAGCUGCACAAACACCAAAAUACAGCCAAACACGACAAUGAAGCAGAAGAAUCCUGACAUGGCAAUCAGAAUCCAAGUUUGCAAGUCCUGCAAUGACGGCUCAUGGAGCAUGAGUGGAUCCAACCCGUUGAGUUUCACCAUGGGGCCACCCGCCCGUGUCACCGCGUCUGUCUGAUUAUCUAUUACAGACCUCAGAGCUGGAUUGAAAGUUCAAGCCGGUGAGCAUGAGAUGGAUGUAAGCGACAACACAUGGAAACAGUCGACAGGCAGUUCCAACAGACUAGCAGAUUCGAAUCACGUACCCAUCCCAGCGCGAUAGGACACAAAGAGCAUCCCCAACGUAAUGUUGUCGGCAGAAGAGGACUCCCUCAUCGAGACCAAAUUGUUCGAUUGGACAUUAUCGUACACCACCAUGUAGCGGACGGCUGGAAAUGCCUUCAUGGCCAUAUUAGCUUUAUCUUGAAAGCUGCAGUCUCCUCUUUCCACCAGUAGGGCAACUACGAGAAAGAAAAAGGCAAGAGAUUCGAUUAGUCAGCUGAGAGCGAGCAAAGUGAUUUCCACCACUCUCAGGAGCAACUAACUGAUUGACGUACCAGGAG